CAGUGCACGGAACCGUCAUCGAGCCACACGCCCGAUGUGACCAGCGCACCAAGAUGUUGUUGAGCCGGAACCGUGCCAGUGUCGCCGUCCCGCAACGCGUGCAAGUCCCCGGAAGUGAAAACGACGGUGCACAAUGUUAGCCAUAGACUGUCUGGUCGGUGGCCUGCUGCUCAGCUCGAUCGGUGUGAACAUACUGGCGCUGGGCGCGUUCUGGGUGACGCCAAGUCUGCGCACCACCGCCAACCGGUUCGUGAUCAACCUGCUGAUAGUGAAUCUCGUCUGCUGCAUCAUCCUCGGGCCGUCGCUGCUGCUGAAUGCGUUCACCUCGAAGGCCACCAGCGUCGGCGGUUCGCCGGCGAUCCCGACCUCGACCGCACGAUGGGCGGAAGGUCAGGAGACUGCGGCGCCAACGGCCGUGUACUACGUCGAUGCCGUGUCCGACGGCACGACGGUGUUGUUCCAGCGCGCCGGUACCCCGGAGGACCCGGUUCCAUCGUCCACGGUCACGGUCGCGGUGAACCGGACUCGGGCCGCGGUGCGGUGUAUCAAGAACGGCACCAUGGAGGGUGCGGGAGGAAGUAAUUGUGAUAGUGAGCGACCGGUGGGAGCUUCGGGCGAGGGUGACAGCGAAGAGACGCCCUUCAUCCAAACGAGCCCCGUCGGCGGCGGCCAUGGGGACGCACUCCAUGCCGAGCUCACGCUGACCAAGAUCCGCUGCUGGGGCCUCGACCUGGUGGUGGCUCUGGGCGCGCUCUCGGUGCUGCUGGUCGUCGGCGAUACCUGGUGCGCCAUCACCGACCCGCUCCGGUACCACUCGCGGAUCUCCGAGCUGAAGGCGUGGGGCUUCAUCAUCGCCACCUGGGUGCUGGGGAUCGCGUUCGGCAUCGCGUCCGGGUUCCGGGGCGACCAGAAGAACGUGACGCUGUUCAAGAACCGGCUGACGGCGGAGGAGGUGGCCGCCAUCGAAUCUAGUCAUUGGGCGCACAACCAGAGCGGUGGCGCGUCGGCGGCCAUCGGCGAGGGUUUCAUCCACCAUCUAAACAUCUCGGAGGAUCUGUACAACACGAUCUUCUCGUACGCGUACUUUGUGAUCGUGAUACUGGUCCCGUUUGCGCUCGUCUGUGCCAUGUACUGGCGCAUCUUUUCGGAGGCGCGUGAGAGCGGCCAGCGGAUGCGCCAGAACGGAUCGUCUCCGCUGUUGCAGAGUGCUCUGAAUCUCGCCUCGGCUCAGAAGCACGCGGCCAUCGAGCAGCAGGAGCAGCAGCAGCAAAAGGUGCAGCCGAUGCCGAGUAUCCCCGAGAAGUCGUGCGAGAAGCUGGCGGCGGCCGAGGGCGAAGGUCUGACGAUGAAGAUCGACAAGCAGAUUCACUACGAGGACGAGACGAUCACGAUCAGCAGUAUUCCGCACCAUCACCAUCAUCACCAUAGGGACUCGUGUCUGAAGCCGCUGCUCCAGCCAACUCCUGGAACUACGCCAACGCACAAGCCGUCGCACGCACACCACGAACCGGACCGACCCGAUCGGGCGCAGGUCGUACAGAUUGCCACCCCGAGCAGCACGGUUCCACCCCCGCUGCCUCCAAGCGUGCUCAAGUCCCCGCUCAAGCACGAUCGUAACCACAACAGUAUUUUGAUGGCACUGCCACCAGAGGGCACUGUCAGUGGACCCAUCCCGACGGUAGGUCCAGCGGAGGGCACGGUCAGUCUGCAGGGUACUCCCUCCAGGCAGGGUUCCGGAUUGGGCCGCGUACGGCGGAACCAUAGCGCCGGCCGGCUCGUCAGCUUCCACGAGCAACAGCCGGAAGUGCCGGCGGUCGGCCUACGGCAAGUGCACUCGACGCCGAACUUCCAGAAGUACAGCGCGGGUGAGUUCGAGAGCCUCGGGAACCAUCACAUUCUAUCGCUGCCGGCCGUCCACGUGCCACCGAAGGCACUCAGCUACAUGACGUCGAUCCGGCACCGGCUGUCGAACGCGUCGUCGCUGUUCAAGUACCGGGAGGAGUCGCGUGCCGCGCGCAUCAGCAUCCUGGUGAUCAUCAUGUUCCUGGUGUCGUACCUACCGUACGGCAUUCUGGUGCUGAUGCAGGGCCACGUCGACCUGAUCAUCGUGUCCGACCAGGCGCUGCUGGCGAUCUUCACCGUGGUGAUCGCCAACCUCAGCUCGCCGUUCAUCUUCGCCUACCGCAACAAGCGCGUCCGGCGGGGCGUCAAGCGGCUGCUCGGCAUCGACAAGAAGACGAACGAGCGGCUGCAGAAGCUGACCAGCAGCAACACGCACUUCAACAACCAUCCCAACCAGGGACAGGGCGCGGGGCAGGGGCAGCAGCAGCAGCAGGGCAACUACGAGGCAAACAUCACCCUGGCCGGGGCCGCCGGCAGCGAAGGACUCGCCGCCGCCGUCGACAGCGGGCUCGACGAGGUGGUCUCCGAGGUCGCACACAAAUCGCACAAGGUGCGCAUCGCCGGCCCCGCCGGUCUGGCGCGCAGCAAUAGUUCGUGCAAGUACCUAACGCCAAAUCACGCGGCGGCCGUGGCCGUUGCGAACGGGUACAUAGUCGAGUUCGAGCGCUAUCCUUCCGAUGAGCUCAAUAGUCUCUGCCUACAGAAGAAAUCGAUACUGAAACGGGUCUGUGAUAGUUCGCGUAAGUGGGGCUGCAACUUUGCCUCCAACUCCUGCACCAGCAACGACGAGCAGACGGAGGUAUAG